AUGAAGACCGGUCACGUCGAGAGGACAUCAGACCGGGACUACGAAGUGGAAGAACGGCGAUACAGAACAAUGGAGGCGGCGGCGAACCGGUUACAGAAAGAGGCCAAGGGAUAUCUCGACAGUCUUCGAGCCAUGACGGCGUCACAGAUGAGGAUAGCGGAAACGAUAGAUGCCUUCUAUGGCGAUGCCGGCACAAGAGACGGUGUGUCUCGAUCUUACAAGCAAGCGGUCGAAGAUCUGGACGCGGAGACGAUCAAAGCACUCGACGGACCAUUCAGGACAACAGUUCUGGAACCAAUAUCUCGCUUUUGCGCCUACUUUCCAGACAUAAACGAGUGCAUAAAGAAGCGAAACAACAAGCUACUUGACUAUGAUGCGGUCCGCUCGAAAGUCAAGAAACUGGUUGAGAAGCCCGACAAAGAUGUGACCAAACUACCUCGCGCAGAGCGAGAAGCAGAAGUUGCGAAACAGGCAUACGAGCAGCUGAACGAGCAGCUAUUCACAGAAUUGCCGCAACUUAUCGACUUGCGAGUACCAUACCUGGAUCCAUCGUUCGAGGCGUUGGUCAAGAUUCAGUUACGUUUCUGCGCGGAAGCAUACUCACGAAUGGCGCAAGUACAGCAAUAUCUUGAUGCAGAUACGAGGGAACAAUAUGCGCGGGGAGAUCUGGAUAAUCGGGUAGAGCAGGUUCUGAGCGAGAUUCGUGAAUUGACCAUUGCAGGAACGGUCUAG